UCCUGGUAACUAUGGUUACUAACAGUAUAUAUUUAUAUAUAUUACAUGAUUAGCACAAAUUGGUCAAUUUUAUAAAAUUAUAAUAACAAUAUCCAAUGAUUUCACGUAUCAGAAAACUGCAACAAAAAACAAAAGAAAACACUCAAUUUCUUGAAAGAAACUAUUUGUAUGGUCAUAUUAUACCUGAUUUUCAAUCUAGACUAACUUUGAUAGAAAAAAUAAUCUUAGAACGAAAAAUACACAUUUUUAUUGGUACUUGGAAUAUGAAUGGACAAAAACCAUUGAAUAAUUUGAACGGCUUUCUUAUACCAAAUGAUUCUGAAAUGAUAGCAGAUUUAAUAAUUAUAGGAACACAAGAAACAUGUAUGUAUAAUAUCAGUCAGUGGGAGAACAAUAUUUUAAAUAUUAUUGGAUCAACUCAUAUUUUACGAAAAAGAAAACAAUUCGGAAGACUACGUCUUAGUUUAUUCUUACGUCGAGAACUAAUAAUAUUUAGUUCAUUAUCCGAAACAAAUGUAAUUUUAUCAAGUAAAUAUACAAUUUUAAAAACUAAAGGUGCCAUAUCGUUAGGUUUAAUUAUUUUUGGUUCGAGUUUUUUAUUCAUAAUGGUACAUUUAACACCUCAUCCAAAAAAUACGAUUAAACGUAUUGAAGAAAUAAAAAAUAUUAUUCGUUUACUAAAUGUACCAAAAAAAUUACCGUUAAGGAAUUCUUUUGAAGAUUCAACUGACAAUUUUGAUAGUGUUUUCUUGUUUGGCGAUUUAAACUUUCGACUUAAUAAAUCUAGAGAAGAUGUAAUGAAUUGGAUAAGUACUUCACAUUUUUCUAAAAAAACUCCUAUUAAUCUAAAUAAUGAUCAAUUGAAAAUAUUAUUAGAUAAUCAAAUUAUUUUACAUAAGUUUAAUGAAGCACCUAUAACUUUUCCACCAACUUAUAAAUACAAUCAUGGAAGUCAAUUAUUAGAUUCUAGUGGUAAUUAUCGAACUCCAGCUUAUACGGAUCGAAUUCUUUAUAAAAGUAAUAUACAUUUUAAAAAUCCAAAUGAUAAAAAGAAAACACAAAUGAAAAAUGAAGAAAUAAAAUGUAUAAUUUAUGAUUCUACUAGAAGUAUUUGUUCAUCGGAUCAUAAGCCAGUUUAUGGUAUUUUUGCUGUCAAAAUCCGAGCUGGUAUGAACACUUUACAUUUCUAAAGCAAAUUAGCCCAAUAAUACUUACUCAAGACGACGACUGCAUAAGAAAUAGAGCCCAUCACAGAUGUGUAUACGUGUUACCUUCGCUAAGAUAUGAGUACGAUUAACAUACAUAUAGUGCUCGUUGGAUAGUGGCGAGAAUCAUCGUUAUUUAAUGGAAUAUAAUAAUCUUAAUGU